AACCUGCGCACUCGCGACCCGAAAAUGUACUGCUCUAUGCCGCCAUCUUGGAACGGACUGCUCUCGGUGAUGAGUGUUUUAGGGUGGUUGUGUCACGUUCUUUGACCGAAUUUCCACCAACCGCGCCUCUUUCAUGGGCCAGCGCGAGCCGAUUCGUCCCGCGGGUGCCGACGAGGUGUCCGAUGCGUGCUAGCAUAGCGGCCAGGCGGCUCCGCAGCUAGCCCCAUCCAGUUCUCCGACCACUUUUGCACAGACUUUUGACCCCCGCUGCAGCAGUUUGAGUUUAUGUACUUUCGAAAAUUCACGGAACCAUGUCCACAAGCAUGAGAACCACCCUGCAAACCGUUCCUGAGUCGCUCCCUGCCGACCAUGUCAGCAACUCUUCAGCAACCAAGGUCGGUCUGCUUCUUCAGUCGCCGCGAUGCAGCUCUCGCGUGCGGAGCAGCCGCUGCUGAAGCCACGAUGAGUUCCUCGACCGCCGGCCGGACGGUGCCCAAGCGGCAGCUCUCCCGCGAGACGGAGCAGCGCGUUCGCCAUCUGCAAAGGGAGCGUCAGAGUCAAACGGUGGCCAUCCGUCGCAAAGCCACCCCCACCUCGAUCGCCCCCAACCCCAAGGCCGCCCCGAAACGGACGCCCACCUUUUCCGGACACGAAGCCUCGGAGGCCCCACCCACCAGACCUGCCAGGAAAGUCCUGUCGGUCAGCGAAGUGCAGCCGGACGGAGCGGCCGCCGUGCCGACCCCUGUGCUGACCCCUGCCAAUGCCACGGGUGCCACGCCCCUCGGCCUGCCGCCGAGACACCCUCCCGAGGGCAACAAGCAGGCGGCGGACAACACGACGCCGCGCGUCGCAUCCUCUCGGAGCCGCACCUCGGAUGAGCCGCACAUCGGCAAGUACAAGCUGCUCAAAACCAUCGGCAAGGGAAACUUUGCCAAGGUCAAGCUUGCCAAACAUGUUCCCACUGGCAAAGAGGUUGCAAUUAAAAUCAUAGACAAAACUCAGCUCAAUCCUAGUAGUUUACAAAAACUCUUCAGAGAGGUUAGAAUAAUGAAAAUGCUGGACCAUCCAAAUAUUGUUAAACUGUUUCAAGUGAUUGAAACAGAAAAGACUCUGUACCUGGUAAUGGAAUAUGCCAGUGGGGGAGAGGUGUUCGACUACUUGGUGCUUCACGGCAGGAUGAAGGAGAAGGAGGCGCGCGCCAAGUUCAGACAAAUUGUGUCGGCUGUGCAGUACUGCCAUCAAAAGAAGAUAAUUCAUAGGGAUCUGAAAGCUGAGAAUCUACUGCUGGACAGUGAGAUGAACAUUAAAAUUGCGGACUUUGGCUUCAGCAACGAGUUUACUCCCGGAAGCAAACUCGACACCUUCUGUGGCAGUCCUCCCUAUGCUGCCCCCGAACUUUUUCAAGGAAAGAAAUAUGAUGGUCCAGAAGUGGACGUGUGGUCUCUUGGUGUGAUUUUGUACACUCUGGUGAGUGGAUCGUUGCCUUUUGAUGGCUCGACCCUGCGAGAGUUGAGGGAGAGGGUGCUGAGGGGCAAGUACCGAAUCCCCUUUUACAUGUCAACCGACUGCGAAAACCUGCUUAAGAAGUUCCUUGUCCUAAAUCCAGCAAAGAGAGCAUCGCUUGAGUGGAAAAGCGGUGACAUGUUGGUGACCCCACAGAACAUCAUGAAGGACAAGUGGAUGAACAUGGGCUACGAAGAAGAUGAGCUCAAACCAUUCAUCGAGCCAGAGCCCGAUUUUAAGGACAUCAAGAGGAUAGGUACUCCAUCUUCAGCUACCUCUGCAUGCGAGAAAAUGCGUGUGACUGCAAUAGCAAAGGCACUUGUGAAUAUGGGCUACUCUCGAACUGAAAUAGAGGACAGUUUGGCCAAUUGUCGAUACGAUGAUGUGUUUGCAACGUACCUGCUCCUUGGCCGAAAAGCCACUGAUCCGGAAAGUGAUGGCUCAAGAUCAGGCAGUUCGCUGUCGCUGCGCAACAUUCCACCGGCAGGUGCGACGUCAACACCUGGUGCACCAGCCAACAGCGCGCAAUCACCAUCGCACGGUCAUCGAGGAGUGCACCGAUCGAUCUCGGCCACCAACUCGAAGCCUAGCCGGCGAGCAUCCUCAGGUGGAGAGAGCUUGCGUGAGUCUCCUGCAGGGUCCAAGGAUUCCACGGCUGCAGCAGCCACACCCUCUGGUGGUGCUCCAGCUCUUACUCCUGGAACAAACCACAACCAUUCUGCAGUCACAAGCAGCAACUUUAAGAGGCAAAACACUGUUGACUCGGCCACAAUCAAGGAGAACACAGCACGUAUCAACUCUGCUUCGGCUGCUGCCUCAGGAACUGGCCGACCAUCAGCUGCCAAAAGCACUGUGUCCAACAUUCCAAGCCUGGACACUUCAGGCAACUCAGCAAGCCCAAAACCUCGAGGAGUAACCAAGUCAAACACAAUGACUGGGAACAGGUCCCUUGCAGCCGGUUCCGUUGGCCGGCGUAGCACCAUCAGCUACGAAGCCAAGACUGCCUCAACCGAGAAGACAAACGCGGUAGGCGGUAGUCUGGCAGACACCCCUAGCGCGGUGGCAGAGUCUGCUCCCCCCUUACCCCCGAGCAGGUCGGCCUCUAGGGGUCACGCUAAGUCUGCCUCGAUUUCCUCUUCCACCGCCGCAAGUGCUACGGGCCCCACCUCUACGUUGGCAACCCGCGCCACCAACGAGCUAGACUCUUCCCUAGACCCCCUCAGGUCAAGCUCGAACCGCACCCCGGCCUCCCCUGCCGCCAGUAACCGCCAGCCGUUCCCCAGGAAUGUGCCGAGCCGCUCCACGUUCCACUCGGGCCAGAACCGGCAGCGCAACCACGCGUCCGGCGUCGGUGGAUACGGCCCAGGUACGCCGCUGCAGUCUCAGGACACGUCGGCCCUUGGACACUCGGCGAGGACCUCCUUCUUCUCGAAGCUUUCCUCUCGGUUCUCCAAACGCCCCCUGGAGAGCACCGUCCCUAAAACAGUAGUUAGCCCCACAGCUGUGGGAAACGAGGAGCAGGUGAAACCAAGGUCGCUGCGAUUCACCUGGAGCAUGAAAACCACUUCGUCCCGAGACCCAAAUGAGAUCAUGGCUGAGAUCAGAAAGGUGCUGGACGCCAACAAUUGCGACUACGAACAGCGCGAGCGGUUCCUCCUGCUGUGUGUUCACGGCGACCCAAACACGGACUCGCUGGUGCAGUGGGAGAUCGAGGUGUGCAAGCUGCCGCGACUGUCACUGAACGGGGUGCGCUUCAAGCGCAUCUCGGGCACCUCGAUUGGCUUCAAGAACAUCGCCUCCAAGAUCGCCAACGAACUGAAACUGUGACUACCAGUGCUGGACCGAGAGGGUUUGGAGCUUGAGGAAGAGCUGGAGGAGGAGGACGAGGACCUUUCAGUGGCCUCGACGUCGUCGGCGCCGCCGGCCCGCCUCCACAGCAGCCACCUCUCCAAGCCUCGCAAAUAACCACCCACCCACCUGCCCCGCCCCCACACUCAUCUCGUCGUUUUCUACGUGGCCUUCUCUUCUCCCAAGUGUGUGGCAGUGCAACAAUCAACUCCCUCACCCCUCGUGUUACUCUCUCCGGCGCAGGGGACGGGCGCCGUUUGUUUGUUUCUCGGUCCGGAUCCACGUCGCUCCCGAGCUCAACCUCCACCACCCCCUACUCUUUCGUUUGGAACUCGCUUCUUAAUUUAUUCGUCCGUGCGGAUCUUUCUUUGUCCACUUUCACUCCUUGAAAGUCGAUGUGAACGUUUUGUAGUUUAACAGUGUCUUUUCUUUACUCUCGCCUAUCCUCCCUUUUACGCAACAAGUGUUGGUUGAGCCCAAACUGGAGCCGACUGGAUCUGCAGCUUCAGCAACAGUUGCGAAUAAUUGUUACUUAAAACACUUAUAAGAAAUACAAUAACUCCGUGGUAAAAUAUGUUAUCAUUGCAAAAACGAAGAUUUACUUCAUUGUUCAGCAACACCAGACAAUGCUACAUUUCAAUCUAGGAAGCAAGUCGUAAAAUCAGUGAUCGGGCCAAUGUGCUUAUUACUCGACGGUUGACACGAAGCGGAUUUUUUUCAUGUUCACCUGUACACUUGCGUUGAUUUGGAAGCUCGUGUCUUUUUUGAUAGCGUUUCAAUCAAUGUAACCCUCCGUCAACUGCCGGACUGCUCGCUCGCUCGUUCGUUGGUUCAUUCUUUACACACUCGGCAACGCUGACGACAUGAUCAGUUUUUAAUUUCUAACAAAACAUGUACAUCAACACACACAGAAGAAGCAUGAAGCGAAUGCGUGUUUGUGAUAAAAAAAUUUAUGAUGAUGAUUUGAGAGAAAGAGCAAAAAAUCGUGGCAAGUGAAGUUUAUUUUCAAUCUGAUGCACGAACGAGAACUAUAAAAAAUUCAUAAAUCUGUGUAACAAGAAAAGUUGCUUAAAAAGAAACAAUUUAGAGAAAGAAAGUAUUAUAAUUAGCUAAAUUGUGGGUGCGUGCAAGAUUGAAAUUUCUGUGAGCGACUGACCUAAUUUGAGAACCAUUAUUAAUUAUAUGAUUAUUGCAAUCGAACAUCAUCACUGUUAUAUUUGAAAGUAGUCUGAUGACGGGAAAUCUCAGUUAUCGUCUUUCUGCUCUCGUAUAGACACAAUUGAAUGUUUUCCUAUCUGUGAGGGACAUUUUUAUGGAGCAUUAGUUGAAGAAUUGUCCCCUCAAAAAAAUAUGCCUGUACCCGAUGCGGGGUAACUGCAUCUGUUCAUGGUUGCGUGCAGUUUUUGCCUGUGCAUGGAUGUACUUUUCUGAUUUGCCAAAUGAAUCGUCGAUGAUCUUGUCAAGUCUGAUACCGCAUUAGUUCACGAGGCCUAUCAACAACCCGAAAAUUGGCAAAUCGAGAGAGUCACAAUCAGUUUGCAGCAGGAUCCUCUAUUUUUUUCUCUACUCCUUUCAUUAUAUAAUUAUUAUUUUAUUCGUCUUUUUUACACCAAGAGAUUUUUAAUUACUUGAAAAGGGACUGUUUCACAAUCACCAUUGUUGAUAAGGAUUUGGUUCUCGAUUUUUGUACCACUCUGGACUUGAAAGACUGCAAAUCUGCAUAACAUGAAGUCCACGCAUGGGAAGCAAACUCAUUUAGUCACUCCUGAUUAACAAGGGGUGCCUGAGACGGUGCCAAAUGCAACUCGUCGGAAAGAGGGAAAAUUGCCGGUCAUUUGGAUCCUUUUUCGUCUUGCGCCGAGUCAUUUGGCAGUGACCUGGGCAGUUCCUCUCAAAAUUCGUAUUCAAAGUGUAGAUAAGUGUACAUUUUUUGUGAAAAUGCGCCAGGAGUGUUUUUAACCAUAAUGUUGUGACGCAUAUCCUGGGGAGUAAAGUGAAAAAGAACGCGGACAAGGCCUGGUAUGAAAGAAAGUCACUUCGAACGAGCAACACUUUGUAAAAAUGAAUGAAAAAAAAAAUGAUGAGGUUAUACAAGAAAAAAAGAUAAUAAGCAAAACAAUCUAUUAUUCAACACUCACACAAAAUCACAUACGGAAUACACCAACAGUGCUUCUUGUUGAGAAAUGAUUUCAAUGUUUCAAUAUGAUUAUUAUAUAUCUUUGUAGAUACUUGUAUCAUACCGUCACCUGCCUCCACCACCACCCACUGUUUUAGAAGAAAAGAUGCGACAAGAUUUAUAAAUAGUAAUCCAAUGAACACUCUUUGUAUUUCAUUUCUUGCUUUUAUUGCUGGAAACGCGCUGUAUUUUAAUUAUCAUAAUUAUUGCUGUGAAGAGCAUUCUGGUGAAAGCAUGGGAAAAGUAUGACUGUAGUGUUGACUUUAUAAUAAAAAAGCGAAAAUAAUAAUUAUUACAAAUA